AUGAAUAAUAACGAGGCACCAUCAGAAAAUGAAGGAUCAUCACCAUUUUUACAAAGUCCUCAUCCAGAAGAUGACAUAAUUAAUGAUAAUAAUGAUAAUGAUAUGGAAAAUAAAGGCUCAAAAAAUCUACAAUACCAAUUGCAUACUCUUAAGAAUGAGUUUGAUAUUGAAAGAAUGGAAUUGAAUACUCAACUAAAUGAAUUACAAUAUCAAUACAAGUCAACUUUAAAUGAUCUUGAUUUAAAAAUUGCAGAAUCUAAUGAUUUGUUUAAUAAAAAUGUUUCAUUAAAUGAACAAAUUGAAAAAUUAUCAACUAAAUUAAAGGAAUUUUUAGAAGAAGAUAUAGUUGAUAUAAAACAAAAAAAAAUUUCAGAUAUUUCUAAUGACCAAUUAGAAAAAUAUAGAAAAGAGAAUUCUGAUUUAAGAGAUUCGUAUGAUUUGAAAAUUAAAAACUUGAAAGAUCAAUUAGAAUCAUAUAAACUUGACCAAGCUGGUACAAAAGAUUUGAUGCAAACCUAUGAGAAUGAAAUUACAAAACAAACUAAACAUAUCUCUAAUUUACAACAAGAAUUAUCUAAAAGAGAUGAAAUAAUAGCAAGCUUUAAAAAUAGUAAUCAAACACAGGUCACUCAAACGCUGGGGAGUACAUCAUUACAAUUACAAUCAGAAUAUUGGGGGAAUGCUAUUCAAGAACAUGAAUCAUAUAUUAAAGAAUUAGAAAAAAUCAAUUUACAACAAUCAAAUGAAAUUGAAAAUUUGAAACUAUCUUUAAAAAAUGAGAAAAAUUUAUCCAAUGAAAUAGAGGAAGAAUUAGUUUCUGUAAAUACAAAAUUAAACAAUGCAUUAAAUUAUAAUGAUGAUUUACAAGCACAAGUAAAUAAAUUGUUAUUUGAAAAUGAGCGAUUACAAUCUAAUUCUAUAGAUAAUAUAAAUUUGAAUUCUGAUUUUGCCAAAGAGAGAAAUAAAUUGUUACAAAUGGAAAAAAAUUAUGAAUUAAAUAUCAUUAAUUUGAAAAAACUUAAUCAUGAAAUUGAACAACAAAAAUUAUUAUCCUUUGAAGAAUGUAAAUUACUUCGAGAGGAAUUGGAACAUUUACAAAACCAAUUACAAAAUAAUCAAAAUAAUGCAAAUAUUAAAACUGAAAAUAAUACAUUCAAAACAUUAGCUGAUGAUUAUAAAAAUAGAACAAAAGAUUUGACUAAUGAAUUGAAAAAAUUGAACGAUCAAUUAUUAAAUGUUCACAAGGAAGAUAAUGGAACUUCCAAGAAAAGAAGAAUGUCAGAUAAUAUUAAUUUGAAUUAUUCGAAAAGGUUAAAUGAAUUACAAUUAUCUAUGGCUGAAAAAAAUAAAACAAUUGAAGAUUUAAAACUUAAACUAAGUAAAUUAAUCACCAAAUAUAAACAAUUAAAUGAUUCUAAAGAAACUAAGAUUCGAAUCCUACAAUUACGUAAUAAUCCUGUAGAAAAUGAUCAAAUAAUUAAACGUAAUCAAUUAAAUCUUUUAAAAGAAGAAAAUAAAAUUCUAAUGGAAAAAUUAACAAAUAAUUCCAUUAUAGUUGAUUCAAUACCGAAAGCUACAUAUGAUGCAAGAAUGAUUGAAAUUAACAAGUUUCAGAAAGAUUUCCAAGAUUCACAAAGAAAAAUUGUAAGAUUAAAAGAAGUUUAUAAUAAGAAAUCUCUAGAAUUUAUUGAUGUGGUAAGCUCAAUUCUUGGGUUUAAAUUGGAAUUUCAACAUAAUAAAAAAGUGAAAAUGUAUUCAUGUUUUAAGCCUGACAAAUAUUUGGCCAUAGAUCUAGCUAAUAACUCUUUGAAAUCAAAUUUGUCAAGUGUCUUGCCAAAUUGGAGUAAAUUAUUAGAGGUGUGGGUAGCAGAAAAGGGCCAAAUUCCAUGCUUCCUAGCAAAAAUAACAUUGCAACUAUACGAAUUAUCAUUGGGAAAUGAAAUAAAAUCAUCCUCUUAG